UGCACUUGCUGUCCGUGCGAGGACCCUGUGUCGGAGCGCCAAUACAUCAACCAUCUUCUCGCCCUCCCCUGCUUCUCCUGACGCACACUGCAACCAACCACCUUGCUACGCACACACGACGAAUCUUGAGGCCAUUGCCUGCUACAUUGAAAAAAGUUAACAACACGACCAAUCCGAAACUCCCGCCGACACCAUGUCUUCUGGCAGCAACUCACCACCACAUGCUUCUCCGGGCCCUACGGACCGCCGACGUGCCUCGAUCACUGGACAGACAUUCCAGGAUCUAUUCGGCCGAUCAGGCAGCUACUCGGGACAGCAGGGCAGCCGACCAGGAAUGUCGGGCCCUAUCACCACAGCUGCUGUGAAUGCUCAGCAGCGACGCCUUUCGCUCACAACUAUUGGUCUGUCGGCAUCACCGGGUCAGACAUCACCUUUCCUCACCAACCCCCGCACACGAACCGAGAGCCUGUCUAGCGUGAAUUCUGGCUCAGUAGAUGAAAGUCCCUUCGAGGAAGACUACGCCCCUACAGCAUCUGCUCCUGGCAGCAACCCAGCUACCCCCUUCGCACGACGGCUCAGCUUCGGUGCACGAGCACUGCGGGAUGUUAGGCAGGGUAGUGGUAGUGUUGGAAACCCAAAUGGUAGACCUUCCACCCAUAAAGCCUCUCCCCCGACUGGUGGUCGAGGACGAGGUCUGUCUUCAUUGUCGAAUUCUCUGCCCACUUCAGCACCCUUCCUACACUCUUCAUCGCCUCCUAGUCACUCCUCGAGGCGUUCUAUAUCUAUAUCCUCUGUUUGGCCGCAUACUAUCGCAGAGAAUGUCGAAGACUAUCCCGAGUAUGAAAACUCGCUGACAUGGUCAUCCACAGGCGAAGGCUACAACUUCGCGGAGAACCUCCGCUCCCGGGCCGAGCGUGGCUCUAUCUCGGGCCCACCUCCGAUGCUGAGCGUCCCAUCCCACCAACGUGCGAAGAGCGUUGCCGUCAUGGAGCCUCCCAUCCGCGAGAUGCCGAAGCAGCCCAAGCAGCCUGACGCUAUGCAGGAGCGAAUCCUGAAGGGUGACUUCUACAUGGAUUAGGCUGCCUAGAGUUGCCAAUAACAUCAUCUGCGGUAUAUUGAAAAUCAGCCGCGCCUACCACGCAGAUUGCAAUGGCUGAAAUCCGCAGAACCAUAUACAAAGCAAGUCUGUCUACAAGACUAUCACGAAGAUCACA